CUGCUCCGCUGGGACCAGGUCCCCGAGGACUUCGUGGAGCGCUUCAUCCUGUCCGGCUACCGGCGGCCGCCCAGCUCGGCGCGCGAGUGCCUGGCGUCGGUGCUGCGGCCCACCAACGAGACGCUCAACUUCUGGACGCACUUCAUCCCGCUGCUGCUCUUCCUCGGCCGCUUCGGCCGCCUGCUGCUGCUGGGCCCCGACGCGGCGCCCGAGCCGCUGCCCUUCCACCACCCCGGCCUGCUGCCGCUCUGGUGCUACGCCUCGGGCGUGCUGCUCACCUUCGCCGCCAGCUGCGCCGCGCACGCCUUCGGCAGCGCCUCGCGGCGCCUGCGCGCCGCGCUCUUCUACCUGGACUACGCCUCCAUCAGCUACUACGGCUUCGGCAGCACCGUGGCCUACUACUACUACCUGCUGCCGGGGCUGCGGCUGCUGGACGCGGUCUGGGGAGUAAGGGGGUAA